UAGGAUAAUAAUUCUAAUAACCGAUACUUACAGACACACAGACACUUUGAUUUUUGGACAUUAGUCUGAGACUGCACCACCUCCUAUGACCCUCAUGUGCUGCCGUCCUGGGUUUAAAGCAAAAUUACCCCGGAUCAUAACAACAGGUCCCGUCCAUUACAUUUUUUCCUCUUCGGGACAAUGGCUGCAGCUUCUCCCUGUUCUCUCUUCCCUACACACGCGGAUCCCACGGAGCAGAGCGCGGAGUCGACACUGUAGCGCGCGCUGAAGAGAAGGACACAAACGGCUGGAUAUGUAAAUGUGGUUAUUUAUCAUAGCGCACAUUAAUGGUAUAUACUCCGGACUAUUGUAAACUCCCACGUGGAGUUUCCCCCGUCGCUUAACUUGACCAGGUUUUUUUCCUCCGCUCGUGCCGACUUUCUCCCCCCGUGCGUAAAAGACAUGCGUAAAAGUCGCUUUGCAUACGUUUCGGGGCAAAAUGAAGAUAUCACUGCUUUAUUUAUGAUCAUUACAAGUCUUAUAGUGACAAUAUGCAUACUCUGGCGAGACGGUCUGUUUUGUAAUCGAACAAUCAGAGUGGGGAAAUUGCCGUUUCAUAGCCGCGCGGGCUUUGUUCGCAGCGACAAAAGAAAGAGAGACUGUAUAUCUGGAUCAACUUUUUUACGAGUUUUAUCGUACAAUAACCUUUGCAUAACAACUAUUUUUCUCAAGCGUUGCCCGAGGCAGUGCGCAGGCGCGCUGGCUGCUCGCUGUCACUAAGACAUUUUUCUUCACGCUGGAAACUGUCACUGGUGACGUCAAUCACGGAGCUCUGACCAAUUAGAGCGCAGGGUGAUUGUUUAGCUCCACGGGCUGCAGCGCCUACCAUGAAUCUCUAUUCAGUAUCAAAGCGUCCUGCUGCUGCCUCUCAACCGAAUGGGAUUCCAUGUAGUCUGCAGAUAGACUUAACUUUAUGAAGUUUUUUUUUUUCCUUUAUUUUUCAUUGCGAUUAAAAUAUAUUUGUCAUCAUCAUUAUUAUUUUGCCUGCUGUCAAGUUAUUCUAAAAUUAGGAAGUAAUGAGCGUGGAUGCAUUGGGAAGCCCCGUGAUGGACCCUACGUUUUCCAAACGGAACACGGCGCUGAGAUUAGUUGACUUGGCAGGGGCUCACCACCAUCACCAUCAUCACCACCAUACCCCUCAGAGCGUGACAGGCUUCCCGGGGUUCAGCAGCCAUCCACACUCAAUGGCUCACUCGCACCCUGGGGAGAUUACUGCGGAACCCCGCCUGGGGCCGAGUCCAUUCGGGCCAGAACACAUGGGGCACUCCGCGGCCCUCAAAAUCAGCCCAGCCCAUCAUUAUCCCCACCACCAUCACCACCACCACCACAAUCAUCAUAUGGCAGGCCACAGUGAAGUGGUCUCCAGUCAAACGGGAGCUUUUGGCCCGGUUCAGGCGACGUCGGUCCCUUAUUCUAUGUCUCACACGGCCCAGGCUUUAUCCGCAGGUAGGGAUUUCCUCAUCCGGAGAGAUCUGACGGCUCAAGCCAUGCCAGUGCUGACUGACCAGACUGCUGGUCCAGCCUCUCACCACGGAAUGUUUGUCUCAACAACAGGUAGCUAUCCCGGACACUAUGGUCACCACCCUGACGCUGGGAACCAUACCCUCUUCUCCGGACUCCAUCACGACCAGCCUUCUAGCGGAUCACCGGGUGGCCAAGCUUUGAAUGGACAAAUAAGGUUAGGACUACCUGGAGAAAUGUACGUUAGGUCUGAUCACUUGAGUCAAGUGGCAAGCUCCAGGGCUGAUCCGUUCUCCGCCUCGUCUUUGCACGGCUACGGUGGUCUGAAUCUGAACAUGAAUCUCAGCGCCCACCACCAUCACCACCACGGCGCCGGAGCGUUUUUCCGCUACAUGAGGCAGCCGAUAAAGCAGGAGCUCAUCUGCAAGUGGAUGGAGCCCGAGCUCUCGCCGAAGAAACUUUGCUCGAAAACUUACAGCACCAUGCACGAGCUCGUCACGCAUGUCACGGUGGAGCACGUCGGAGGACCCGAGCAGGCGAACCACAUAUGUUUUUGGGAAGAGUGUCCGCGGGAAGGAAAACCGUUUAAAGCCAAGUACAAACUUGUCAAUCACAUCCGAGUGCACACCGGCGAGAAACCGUUCCCGUGUCCGUUCCCAGGCUGCGGGAAAGUCUUUGCAAGAUCCGAGAAUCUAAAGAUCCAUAAAAGGACGCACACAGGUGAGAAACCCUUCAAAUGUGAGUUCGACGGCUGCGACAGACGCUUCGCCAACAGCAGUGACCGGAAAAAGCACUCGCACGUCCACACCAGCGAUAAGCCAUACAACUGCAAAGUGAGAGGCUGCGAUAAGUCCUACACGCACCCGAGCUCCCUGAGGAAACACAUGAAGGUGCACUGUAAGUCCCCACCCCCGAGUUCUGGGUACGAGUCCUCCACUCCGUCCCUGGUCUCCCCCUCCUCGGACCUGGGCCGGGAGCCAGGAGGCUCCUCGGUGCUGUCGGAGCCGGUGGGAGCCUCGCAACCCGCGAAUUUAAGCGAGUGGUACGUGUGCCAUAGCUCAGGUGCCAGCGGCGCCCAAACACCGCCCAGCGGGGCCUCCACACCCGACCACUCCACAGACGAGCCUCCGUACAGACACCCAGAACCAAGAGACGCGUUUUAACCCCAGAAACCUGGACUCCAGCACGCACCAGAGGUGAUGAGAACAAGUUAUUUUACAAGCUCAAAACUAUUAAAACAAAAUAGUUUGGCUUUCAUGGUGCCUGUAUCUGCCACCCCCCUCCCCUCUUUUUUUGGAUGAGCCACCAAACAGACACUCAGAGCCAAGAGACGCAUUUUUUCUUUUUUUUAAAUAAACCACAUUGGAAGGAAAAUGUGCAAACGUUAAAGACGUGCUAAUUUCAGGCACUAUAAAAGAAUAUAUUUUCAAACCUCAGCUUUUACGGUUCUAACUGCCCACUUGUGGAGGGAGAGAGAGAGAGAGAGAAAGAGAGAGAGGCGCAGAGAGAGAGAAAGAGAGAGAGUGGUGUAAAUUGAGACUCAGUGGUUCAUAACUGUAGCCUAGGCAUGUUGUUUUUUGGUGUCCAAAUUAUUUUGUAAAUUCGACUUUUUCUGACUUAUGUUUUUUUUAAUUUAUUUUUUCAAACGUGACAUGGAAGGAAGAUGAUUUUUUUCUAUUAUGGAACCAAAGUGCAUGAUUGAAUUGGGAGGAGCAACAAAAAAGUGUACAUUUGUAAAUUUUGUAAUAAGUUUCGAUGUGUUGAUGUUGAUAGUUUUUUGGUGUAAGGAUCCGGUUUCUCUUCUGCAGUCAGAGCAGCAGCAGCUUCUUCUUCUGACUGCAGUUAUUUGUACAAAACGUUUUCAUGUUUACAGCAUUUUUCCUUUUUUCCACUUGAUGCAGAGAGUGAACUGGGGACUGUUUCACGCGCCUGCAGUGUUUGAUAUACACCCGUGGAAUUCUCAAUGUUUUAUCAAAGUGGGGUAUUCUGUGAUUUUUUUUUGUAUCAUUGUCGUCAACUUUUUUCUUUUCAUCUGAAAUGAGCGGCACUCUAAAUGCGUACCGAAUUUGCCUUGUAAUUUGUGAAAGAUUUUGAAUAAAUCUUGUAUGACAAAAACCUAAAA